AGGGGAGGGCGGCAGUUAUCAGCCACACCCGCCUCAGCUUAUUGGGCAUCUGUCCACGGAACGUCACAUGGAAGAGAUCCGCACGUUUGUGCCGAUGAAUUAUAGAUUAAAGGGAGGCUGAAAAUGCAUAUUCGGUCCCAUACACAAACCCUCAACUCGAACGACGAACGGUCCGACUCCCCACACCUCAUCCACCGAUGACUGAAGAAAUGUGUCCUGUCGAGCCCUGGUGAAGUGGUCCAGCAUUCAGAGCAAUCUCCGUUUGAGAACAUUCACUCACACACUGAACGGCGAAAUAACAAGCACACGAUGCUUGGAUUAUUUAGAGAUGGGACAGCGGCGGCUCUUAUACUGGUUAAUGCAUUUGUGCUUAUAGCUGCAGCAGACGAGGAGGUCAUCUUUACAAAUCAUUUUCUGGUCCAGUUGCAUGAGGAGGCAAAUGAAGAUGCUCAUGAACUUGCCCUGGAGCACGGCUUUGGAAGUGCAAGGAAGCUUCCCUUUGGUGAGGGGCUUUUUCAUUUCUACCCACGGAACAUCCCUAAGAUAAGGAGCAAACGCAGCAUUCACCAACACCAUCGCCUGGCAAAGGAUCAUCGGGUGAAGAAUGUGUAUCCUCAGAAGGGUUUUGGCCGUCAGAAGAGGGGCUACAGGGAUAUCAGUAAUGUUGACGUCAAUAUGAGUGACCCACUUUUCACCAAGCAGUGGUAUCUUAUAAAUACAGGGCAAGCGGAUGGAACCCCAGGUCUGGACCUCAAUGUGGCAGAAGCCUGGCAGAUGGGCUACACUGGCAAGGGUGUAACUAUUGCCAUCAUGGAUGACGGUAUUGAUUAUCUACAUCCAGAUCUCGCCUUGAAUUAUAAUGCAGAAGCCAGCUUUGACUUCAGUAGCAAUGACCCGUACCCUUACCCCCGCUACACGGAUGACUGGUUUAACAGUCACGGAACAAGGUGUGCCGGUGAGGUGUCUGCAGUUUCAAACAACAACAUCUGUGGGGUGGGUGUGGCCUACAACUCCAAAGUGGCAGGUAUUCGUAUGCUUGACCAGCCCUUCAUGACGGACAUCAUUGAAGCCUCUUCCAUUAGUCACAUGCCGCAGGUUAUUGACAUCUACAGCGCCAGCUGGGGUCCCACCGAUGACGGCAAGACUGUGGACGGUCCACGUGAGCUCACCCUGCAGGCCAUGGCGGAUGGUGUCAAUAAGGGCCGCGGUGGGAAAGGCAGCAUCUACGUGUGGGCCUCUGGAGACGGUGGUAUCUAUGACGACUGCAACUGUGAUGGAUAUGCAUCCAGCAUGUGGACCAUCUCUAUUAAUUCAGCCAUCAAUGAUGGACGCACAGCACUCUAUGAUGAAAGCUGUUCCUCUACCCUGGCCUCCACCUUCAGCAACGGACGUAAACGAAACCCUGAAGCUGGCGUGGCCACCACGGACCUGUAUGGAAACUGCACGCUGCGUCAUUCAGGCACGUCUGCUGCUGCCCCCGAGGCUGCUGGCGUGUUUGCUUUGGCGUUGGAGGCCAAUCCAAACCUGACCUGGAGAGACCUGCAGCACUUGACUGUUCUCACAUCUAAAAGGAACAAGCUGCAUGAUGAAGUUCACCAGUGGAGGAGGAACGGUGUGGGCCUGGAGUUCAACCAUCUGUUUGGCUACGGCGUGUUAGAUGCUGGAGGCAUGAUCAAACUCGCCCGUGAGUGGAAGACUGUUCCAGAACGCUUCCACUGUGUGGCUGGAACCAUGCAGGAGAUACAUAAAAUUCAGUCAGGCAAUAAAUUGGUGUUGACCAUCAUGACUGAUGCCUGCCAAGGAAAGGACAACUUUGUGCGCUAUCUGGAGCACGUACAGGCCGUCAUCACUGUCAAUUCCAGUCGCCGCGGAGACCUCAACAUCAACAUGACAUCGCCCAUGGGAACCAAGUCCAUCCUGCUGAGCCGCAGACCCCGGGACGACGACGCCAAGGUGGGCUUCGACAAAUGGCCCUUCAUGACCACCCAUACGUGGGGCGAGGACCCUCGAGGAACCUGGCUGCUGGAGGUGGGCUUCCAGGGAGAGACCCUGCAGAACGGCAUGCUAAAGGAGUGGACCCUCAUGCUGCACGGAACUCAAAGUGCCCCUUACAUAGACCAGGUAGUGAGGGACUACCACUCCAAACUGGCCAUGUCUAAAAAGGAAGAGCUGGAAGAAGAGUUAGAUGAGGCAGUAGAGAGAAGCUUGAAAAGCAUUCUGAGUAAAAACAACUAGCCAUUUGCAUGAUACCUGGCCUCUCUCUACACUCUGUAUUAGCGUAUAAUCCUUAUCCAUUCUCUCUCUGCUUUGAUAUAUUUUUUUUUUCUGUGAUUAUUUUCAUCAAUGUCUAAUGUGAGCCACUUAAAUUAAAGUGUAUUCCCUCAGUGAUACAGUGACCCCAAAAAUUAUUUGGAUGUUUGUCCGCUUCAUUGGCUGUCACAAAUAUUUGACAGCUACGUAUGAAGUGCCCAGGAGCGUAGCAUCACAUAUUUGUGUCUUGACAGCAAUAUCACAAGCUCCCAGAUAUUAAUUCUGCUUUCGUGAGAUUCUGCCAACACAGAGAGAGACACACUCGCUAUACAGUUUAUGGAAACAGCUGCUCUGACAUAAUUUUCAACCAAAUUAUGUCUUUAUUUUAAAUUACAGACAUUAAAAUGAUUACAGAAAUUCAGUGAUAACAGUGUACACACACACACAUACCCUCUGAUGUUUAUCUAUACCGUUUCACCGGUGAAGAAAAAUGAUUGACGCUCUCAUGCUCUUGCGUUUUACUUAACCAAAAACAAUAUGUAUACUAGAUAAUCCAAUAUGCUGCCUUGCAAUGACUACUUCCUCAUUGUUAUGCUCUUUCCGAUUUUUCGUGCUGACAGUGAUCAGAGUGGAUAGGCUAUCUUUUGAAUUCUAAACUAAUCGCCUACUCUCGAGUGUGGGAUGAGACAAGCCAUAUAAUAGAUUUUUCUGCUUUCAGCUGCAGUCACAUUUAACUUCGUAUGGUGAAAUUCCGUGUAUGAAAUAAAUGGUCUGCACUUAUAUAGCAUCUUUUUAACCUUAGCGGUAUUCAAAGCGAUUUACACUGCGUCUCAUUCACCCAUUCACACACAUUCUCACACCAAUGAUGGCAGAGCUGCCAUGCAAGGCACUAGCCUGCCAUUGGGAGCAACUUGGGGUUCAGUGUCUUGCCCAAGGACACUUCGCAUGUGGAGUCGUGUGGGCCGGGAAUCAAACCACCUUGAUCGAACCACCCUGCGAUUAGUGGACAACCCGCUCUACCACCUGAGCCACAGCCACCCCAGUCAUCUCAAUGGGAAUCCAGGCAAAAGUGAAUUUCACGCUAUAGACUUGCAGUGGCAUCAAGUUUGGUAAACUUUCACAGGUGAAUUCACUGUGUUGACUUAUAGGAAGUUGCUUGAUUUGUUAGUGACCUCUUUGUGGGCGGUUCUUCGUACACAGCUACAUAUAAAAUGGACAAGGAUAUCAUUUUAGUGGAGAGUUUCUUUUCAACUUUUCACUUUUUCAGAGUACAAAGUGCAGCAUUAAAAAGAGGCUGGAUGGCAAUUCGAUUUCACACUCUCAGCAUCAGCCCACGCCUUCGUCAUCCAUGCAAAGUUAAAUGUGACUGCGCCUUUUCUGUUCUUGCGGUCCUUGGCUUUUAUGAACAUAAUGUUUUAUGCACGAAAAUAACUAAUUCUGUGUGACAUUCAGGGGAAUUGAGACCCUACUUAUGUAAAGGGUUAAGCCACACUUUGAAACGUGUGAAUGUCAUUGCAUUAUUUAUUUGCAGUCUGUUUUAAAGACCCAAUAAAAUGACGUGAUGAGCACUGUUUUAUUUUCUUGUGUUGACAUAUUUCAUGUUGAAACCGAAGGAAUUGUUUCUUUAUUUUUAAAUAGCUAAAAGUCUUUAGUUUACGUUACAGCCAUUAAUCAUAAUUUGCUACUUGCUGUUGCUAGUCAGAGAUAGGUGAAACAAAAGGCAAUAUUGCAUCAUCAAUAUUUAGGGUGACUGUUUAGGGUGGCUUGUUGAGCGUGUUGCCACGGAGACACAGCGCGUGUGGAGGCUUCACGCCAUCCACCGCGUCAUCCAAACUCAACUCACCACGCGCCCCUCUGAGAACAAACAACAUUAUAGUGACCACGAGGAGGUUACCCCAUGUGACUCUACCCUCCCUAGCAACUGGGCCAAUUUGGUUGCUUAGGAGACCUGGCUGGAGUCACUCAUCACGCUCUGGGAUUCGAACUAGCGAACUCCAGGGGUGGUAGGCAGGUCCCACAAAACUCGAAUGUUGAUUUGAACAAAUAUAAAAGUCUUUGAAGAAAGAUAAAAAAAUUUAUAAAAUGGCUCGUAACAGUGAAGGUAGUUGUGAGAUGACACUAUGAUAUUUUGUUGCAUCAAGUGUGACUUGAGUGUUUAAAUACUUUUUGGGGCCACUGUAUGUCCCACCAAAAUAUUACAUCAUGCUUUCUGUGUUCCUUUUUGUACUCUUUACAGAAAUGUACAGUAUAUAAACAAAAUAUAUCUAUACUUUAUGUUCUUGCUUACCCUGCUGUCCCUCACCUCUACUGCAGUUUGUGACUGUAUACCAUUUUGUGUAACUCUCCGUAAAGUUUAGUAUCUUGCAAACAGAGCAGUGAUUUUUCUUCAUAUAUAUAUAUAUAUAUAUAUAUAUAUAUAUAUAUAAACAGAGCAGU